AUGGAUAUCGACGAGAAAGUCUCGGGGCCCGGAGGGGCCUCACAAAAGAACUGGACACAUUUAAAUACUACUUAUGAUGAACUUCCUUUGGAUAUGCGUUUUAAUCACGGACAUUUGGUUUCUAUAACAGUGUAUAGUGUUCUUAUGAUGAUAUCUGCUGUUGGGAAUUUAACAGUGCUAUCACAGUUAAUCAAAAGAAGAAGAAUGGGCCGAGCAAGCAGACUGGAUGUUCUACUUAUGCAUUUGGCGAUUGCUGACCUUAUGGUGACAUUUCUGAUGAUGCCGCUGGAGAUAGCGUGGGCGCGGACGGUCCAGUGGCGGGCUGGCGAUCUCAUGUGCCGCCUUAUGAUGUUCACGAGGACCUUCGGUCUCUACCUGUCCAGCUUUGUUCUUAUUUGCAUCGCAAUUGACAGAUAUUAUGCGAUACUAAAACCAUUAAAUGUGACAUGGGAAGCCCGAAUUCGAAGAGCGCUGACUGUCGCCUGGGUGUGCGCUGCGCUUGCCAGUUUGCCACAGAGUUUCAUCUUUCAUUUGGAUGAGCAUCCAGAUGUGAAGGAAUACUUCCAGUGUGUGUCCUACGGCUCGCUUCCGACUGAACAACACGAGAUUGCGUAUUUCCUAGUCAACAUGAUCCUGAUGUACGUCGCGCCGCUUGUGUCUACGCUUUACUGCUCGUCUGCAGCUCUAUUAGAGAUUAUACGGAGAGCCAACACCGCUAAUGACAAAAUGCGUCGAAGCGGAGUCGGCAUCCUUGGUCGCGCGAGAGCGAGGACCCUCAAGAUGUCAGUCACGAUCGUUCUAGUGUUCUUUACUUGCUGGUCACCGUACUACUUCUAUUGUUUGUGGUAUUGGAUAGACAAAGACUCAGUGAAAAAACUUGACCCAGCCAUUCAGAAGGCUAUGUGGCUGUUCUCGUGCACGAACUCCUGCGCCAACCCCAUAGUGUACGGGGUAUUCAAUAGAAACCGCUGGACAUGGCGGUCAGGACACAAUACACGAUGUCGAAACGGAUUGAGAAGAGGUUCGAGAUUCCAUCACGGAGAUUCUAUGGAAAUAUCCGCCGCGACUCUUGCCAGAGCGAGGUGUUCGAUCCAAAGUGAGAGAAACAUCAGACGAGACUCGGCGUUCGGGAUUCAAAACGGAUCACAGAAACACAUUAACAAUAAUAACAUUAAUGGAGUUGUGUAA